CUUGCUUUCUAUCUUUCCAUCCCCUGUCUCUCAUGAUGUGAGCUUAGUCCAUCGUCGAGACCCACGCGUAUGACCCGUUGAAUUUUACCGCACCAUGGCGUCCGACUCCAUGCCUAACCCCGACCUCCAUCCGGUGGUUCGCAACGCUCUCCGCAUUUCCCUCAGCGCCAAGGAGUACAAGCUGCUCCACGAUUAUGCCGUUCCGCGCACUCCCUCGGCCAUCCAGAACAAGCUCCCCUCGCCUUCAGCUUUCGAGGCUAUAGUUCGGUCUAAGAACAAGCAUAAUGAAGCUUCCAUUCGAACGUCGUUACGCGUGUUUGUAUUGUCAAGCUCCCUGUUGAAGCUCGUUGACGUCGUGACUGGGAGGAUCCGCGGCGACCUAACCCAAAAGAACACAUCGCGCACAUCUUUUACGCGCUCCCCAAACUUCCGCCUGUCCAUCUCCCUGUCACUACUUCUCCUCCUCCACCGCUUCCUCUAUCGCUUCUUCGUCAAGUUGCGUGCCAACCUCCGUACAGACGAUGCUCGACCUUUCCGGGAUCGCAACCCACGGAUCUCGAGAGCACUGACGUCUCGAUUUGCGCCCGCAGUUGGUGCCAGUAUCGCGGGGUUUGCGCUGGGGUUGUGUCCACAGAAGCAACUGCGGCUGACAGCAGCAAUCUACACAGCUACUCGUAGCUUGGAGUUUCUGUUCAAUGCGCUAGAUGAGAAGGGGUGGUUCAAGGACCGACCUCGAUGGUUCGGAAGCUGGUUGCUAAUGCCAAUUGCAUGCGCCCAACUCUUCCAUGCUUUUAUCUUCGAUCGCGAGACCGCACCCAAGUGGUUUGGAAAUGUCAUCUUGAGGCUUUCUCCGAGCUACGUGCGCGGCCGCCCCGAGUCCUUGCCCUUGGAGAUACCAUGGCCGGAGAAGGAAGAUGUGGUGGACUCCUUGGCCAACAUUGCCAACCUACGGUGGCCGGCAUUUGCCUCCCCUAUCUUACAUCCAGGAAGCCCAAACACGCUGCCAUCUACUCUCACAUUUAUCUCCCCUAUCACCGGCCCUGCCCAUCCAGCAAUCUCCAGUCUCUCGUGUGCCUUGCUCCACCCAAACAGCCCCAGCUGCAGCACCGCCUUCCUGCACCACAUCCUCCUCUUAGUCCCGCCGCUCGCUCGUUUCCUAACUACCGUCACUCUAGCCCUAUCGCUACGCAAUAUCAAGGGCCUUAUGAACGAGCCCAUCAGUUCCAUCAACAAACUCUCCAAGAAGAUCAUCACCUUGACCGCCAUCCUCUCUGCAUCUACUGGCUCUGCAUGGGGUAGCAUCUGUCUCUGGAAUACCCUUCUUCCACGCUCUGCGCUUCCGGCCAAACGGUUUUUCCUUAGUGGCGCGCUUGCAGGCGUUCCGUUCGCUUUUCUCACAAACAGCCGUGGUAUCUUCAUGUACUUCUUCCGGGCAGCCGUGGACUCGGCCUGGAAGACAGGCGUCAAGCGCGGCUUAUGGAAGGGCUGGAAGGGCGGAGACUUAUGCAUCAUUGUGCUGGCGUGGGCACUCAUUGGGUCUAUCCUCGAGACCAGGCCGUCUGCAGUGCAAGGGAAGGGUGUGCGGAAGGCGCUGGCAUGGCUGAAGGGCGACGGCUUUGCAGACCCAGUUGAGGUAGCGGCGAAGAGGAGGGCGAGAAAAGCAGCUGCGUCGAAGGCGGGAAAAGCGGAGAAUGAGUCCUGAGAUCUAUUCGGUUUUUAGCGAGUCUUAUAGUUUUCGGUGCACCUUUCUAUUCAGCACUUGUUCAUAGGUUCACUUUAUGCAAAGCGAGGGGCGGAGUUGUAAUUAUGUAUCGCUUGAUUGUUGCAAAUGCCAGAAAUGCAACCAUUACUGUUCCUACUAGCAGUAUC